AUGUAUUUCCGCAACAUUUUCCUGUCUCUCUUCUUGGUCUUUGUCCUUGGCUUUGCCUUGGUCCAGGCCGAGUCUAAGGAGCCUCGCGGCCCCAAGAUCACUAACAAGGUCUACUUUGAUAUUCAGCAUGGAGACGAAUCUCUUGGCCGCAUUGUGAUGGGCUUGUACGGCAAGACCGUUCCUGAGACUGCUGAGAACUUCCGCGCUCUGGCUACCGGCGAGAAGGGCUUCGGCUACCAGGACUCUACCUUCCACCGUGUGAUCAAGGACUUCAUGAUCCAGGGUGGUGACUUCACCAGGGGCGAUGGUACUGGCGGCAAGUCUAUCUACGGCAACAAGUUCAAGGAUGAGAACUUCAAGCUUCGCCACACCAAGAAGGGCCAACUGAGCAUGGCCAACGCUGGCAAGGACACCAACGGCUCCCAGUUCUUCAUCACCACCGCCAUCACCUCGUGGCUCGAUGGUCGCCACGUCGUGUUCGGUGAGGUCCUCGAGGGUUACGACAUCGUUGACAAGAUCCAGAAUGUGCCCAAGGCUUCUGGUGACAAGCCCAAGGAGGCGGUCAAGAUCGUGAAGAGCGGUGAGCUCGAGGUGGAAGCCGAAACCGAGGACAAAGAACUUGACCAAGAACCGGUUGCUGCCGAUAAGGCCCCCGAGGCUGCUACAACGUCCUAUCCUUUGCAGCCAUUUGUGAUCUUCUUCAUCUUGGUUGCUGUUGUAGGUGUCUGGGCUGCCCGCCGACGUGGCCAGCAGCCACUAGAGAAGGAGCAGUAUGAUGCCUAA